UCCCGCCCCCUUCCCGUGAGGCCUAGGGGAGUGGUCGGACCUCUGGCGGCGACGGGUAGAGGAGUGGGGUGGGGGGCGGGGGGCAUCAUGGCUCCGCGAGGUUGGCUGCGUUCCACCCUCCUCCGGACUGUUGGCAGCAACGGCCCCCGGGCCCGCAGGCUCUCUGGGCCUCUCUGGUUGCUCCUCUCGCUGGGCGUCUUUGGCUGGGCCAGGGCUUCGGAAGGCGCCGGCCGAGUGGUGAGAGCCAUGGACGAGGAGAUCGUGUCCGAGAAGCAAGCUGAGGAGAGCCACCGGCAGGACAGCGCCAAUCUGCUCAUUUUCAUCUUGCUGCUCACCCUCACCAUUCUCACGAUCUGGCUCUUCAAGCACCGCCGGGCCCGCUUCCUUCACGAAACCGGCCUGGCAAUGAUUUAUGGUCUUUUUGUGGGCCUUGUACUUCGAUAUGGAAUUCAUGUUCCAAGUGAUAUAAAUAACGUGACCCUGAGCUGUGAAGUGCAGUCAAGCCCAACUACCUUAUUGGUAAAUGUUAGUGGAAAAUUUUAUGAGUAUACACUGAAAGGCGAAAUUAGUCCACAUGAACUCAAUAACAUUCAAGAUAAUGAUAUGCUUAGAAAGGUUACUUUUGAUCCGGAAGUAUUUUUCAACAUAUUACUUCCUCCUAUCAUAUUUUAUGCAGGAUAUAGUCUGAAAAGAAGACAUUUCUUUCGAAACCUUGGGUCUAUUCUAGCGUAUGCUUUUCUUGGAACAGCUAUUUCUUGCUUCGUAAUUGGGUCAAUAAUGUAUGGCUGUGUAACACUGAUGAAAGUAACUGGACAACUUGCGGGAGAUUUUUACUUUACAGAUUGCCUGCUGUUCGGUGCCAUUGUAUCAGCAACUGAUCCAGUGACUGUUCUUGCCAUAUUCCACGAGCUUCAAGUUGAUGUUGAACUUUAUGCACUUCUUUUUGGUGAAAGUGUUCUCAAUGAUGCUGUUGCCAUAGUGCUAUCUUCCUCAAUAGUGGCAUACCAGCCAGCUGGAGACAACAGCCACACCUUUGAUGUCACAGCCAUGUUCAAAUCGAUUGGGAUUUUCCUUGGGAUCUUCAGUGGAUCUUUUGCAAUGGGUGCUGCUACUGGAGUGGUGACAGCUUUAGUGACAAAGUUCACCAAAUUACGCGAGUUCCAGUUGUUGGAGACAGGCUUGUUCUUCUUGAUGUCCUGGAGUACCUUCCUCUUGGCUGAAGCAUGGGGUUUCACGGGAGUGGUUGCAGUGUUGUUCUGUGGCAUCACGCAGGCUCAUUAUACGUACAAUAAUUUGUCCACAGAAUCUCAGCAUAGAACUAAACAGUUGUUUGAGCUUCUCAAUUUCUUGGCAGAGAAUUUCAUCUUCUCCUACAUGGGACUGACACUGUUCACCUUCCAGAAUCAUGUCUUUAACCCAACAUUUGUAGUAGGAGCAUUUGUUGCUAUUUUCUUGGGGAGAGCUGCUAAUAUUUACCCCUUGUCCCUCUUACUUAAUUUGGGUAGAAGAAGUAAGAUUGGAUCAAAUUUUCAACACAUGAUGAUGUUUGCUGGCCUUCGUGGUGCAAUGGCAUUUGCCUUGGCCAUUCGAGAUACUGCCACUUAUGCACGACAAAUGAUGUUCAGCACCACACUUCUGAUUGUGUUUUUUACCGUAUGGGUAUUUGGUGGUGGCACCACUGCCAUGCUGUCAUGCUUGCAUAUAAGGGUUGGUGUUGAUUCAGACCAAGAACAUUUGGGUAUUCCUGAAAAUGAAAGAAGAACUACCAAAGCCGAGAGUGCCUGGCUUUUCCGGAUAUGGUACAACUUUGAUCAUAACUAUCUGAAGCCUCUGCUCACGCAUAGUGGGCCUCCUCUCACAACAACACUCCCUGCCUGCUGUGGACCCAUUGCCAGAUGCCUAACCAGCCCCCAGGCUUAUGAAAACCAGGAGCAAUUGAAAGAUGAUGAUUCUGAUCUUAUUCUCAAUGAUGGAGAUAUUAGUUUGACGUAUGGGGAUUCUACUGUGAGCACUGAAUCAGCAGCAUCUAGUGGCCCCAGGAGAUUUAUGGGCAACAGUUCUGAAGAUGCCUUGGAUCGCGAGCUUGCAUUUGGGGACCAUGAACUGGUCAUUCGGGGAACACGCCUGGUUCUUCCUAUGGAUGAUUCCGAACCCCCAUUAAAUUUGUUAGAUAAUACGAGACACAGUCCAGCCUAAACUUACUAAUACUCACUUAGUGAUUUGUAAAAUUUGCACAUGUGAUUGUGAAGAGAUUUGUACUACCUAAAAAGUCGCAGUGCAUGUCUGAAUGUUUAAGCUAUAUAAAUGCUAUUUAUAUGGCAUCGAAAGAAUAUAAAUAUGUCCGAGGCAGAUUGUGAACAAACUCUUUUAUGUUUAUUGGCUGCACUAUGUAGACUGGAUCUGUUAUAGAAAAUUUUAAGUGAUGUUGUGUGUUCCGUUAACUUUAUGUCUCAGUUAAAAUAUAAAAAGUGACAGAGUUACUCUUUCUUAUAUUAACCUGACACUUAACAAGAGUUCCAUGUUUCUGUGAUGUGAAUUAAUUUGGUUUUGUGGGCGGGGAGGGGAAGAAGAAAGAGGGAAUGUUAUUUCAGCAGAAUCCCAGGGAGGAGAGGUUCCUUUGUUGGGAAACUUGUGUUGAUUGCUGCUGCCUUUGUCCUAACCUUUUCUUUCCUUUUUUCUCUGGUAGCCUAUUGUGGCACAAGAGGCUGAUGGCAUUCUAAUCUUGCCCCAUUCAUGUUGGGGAGUGAAGUGUGGGGCCCUUUUCCCCCCUUGCUAUGAAAGAACAGAUUCCUUGACCACAGUACACUACUGUUGGGAAAAGAAGGCUACACAUGACUUCCAAGACUUUGUUUCUUUUCUUUCAGACCAAGAUCGUAGAAGACGCAUCCAGCCAGCUUAGCCAAAGUACAGGCAAAUAUAGUUCAGGACACUUGAUUUCAAUUUGAAGGAGCUGGGCAGGCUACGAGGGGGCAGAGAGCAGGAGAAGAGUAAAGAGAAUGGUGGUGUGCAGGUCUCUCUUUCCAAAUAUGUAAAUAGUCUAUACCAGAUAGGUUUAAGUAAGGAACUCAAUUGCUGCUUACUUUCUGAUUUCUGUACUUGAUCUGUAUAACAAGCUUUGUGGUCAGAAGUUUUUAUAUCUACUUAAAUUGCUGCUCUUUAGCAGACAAACAGGAACAAAAUGUAAAAAUUUUGAACUUAACUAUGUCUGUCAUUUGUUAGUCUGUAGUUGAAGUUAAAAGUUAAUUUAUGAAUCCAGGAUCUUUGCACACUACACCAAAGUCAGUCAUAGGAAAAAUUCAGUGCUCUGGAGAGCUUAUUGUAAGGAUGGUGAUUCCUCUGUGUGUACUGGUGUAGUUGUCGUUAUUUUCAUGUUACUAUUUAAUAUGAAAUACCUAAGCUGCCAUGUGUUUUUGUUUUUUACAAUCUUCAAGGAAGAAUACAUAACAAUUUCCCAUUUCAUAUUCAGAGAAUGAAAGUGGAUGCUAUUUUGUGAUGCUGAAAAUAUCUAAAGGUUCAUCGAAUGUUGAGAAGGGGGAUACUUUCUUAUGUUGAUUCUAACCUGUUAAUGUUUCAGAAAGAAAAGAGAAAUUUUGUGGGUUUCCCCCCUCAGGUCUGAGUAGCAUUGCCUUAAAUUUUAUCCAGUUCAAAAAUUGAUUUAUUUACUUGAUGCUCAAAUUUUCCAACAAAAAAUAUCUCUCCAAAAAUAUAUUCUCCCAAAGGUAUCUGUGCUGUUGUAAAUACUCCUUGAGAUUUUAAAGGAAUUCUACUGUUGUACACUUGAGUGGCAGCUCUACUGUUGGCAGAGCCAUUUGUUAUCUGUGAUAGUCACUUUCCUGCUAUGCAGGAACCCUGUGAAGUGUGCGUUUUAUAUGAUGUGUGCCUCUUCAUGCAAUCAAUACUUUAUUGUUAAUGUAUGCUUGAGGGGCUUUAAACUUCAGUGUCAUUUAUCCAUGAAGUUAUUCACGUUGUAAAAGGAUAUACAAGAAAUUAACAGCUACCUUUUUUAUUCUUUCAGGUUACUAAGCUCACUUUAUGAAAAUGAUUAGAAAUACUUAGCAUGACAAAUUUGCUAACUUGUCUGUUUCAGCAUGCAUAAGACUUUUCCUUAAAGAAACAUAAUGCUUGAGUCAACUAAAUCAGCCUUUGUACAUUAUCAAAGGGGAACCAAGUCUGCUGUGCUCACAUCAGCAUCUGGAAGAUUCUCCUGUCUUCUAACCUAUGUGCACAUUUCCAAGCAAAGAAGGAAAAAAAAAAAAACUCUGCUCAUACAUCUGGUGGGUUUAGACACCUGAAUGAACCUAGAUGAAGUACAGUCUGAGUUGCCAUCAUGCACAAGUAGAGCUGCUCUCGGACUUUUCUGUUCUUUGUGAACCCUACACGUUUAAAUGACUUGAACCUUCUCUUUUAAAGUUGUUUUUUGAGGUUCCUUGGCAUUUUAUCCUAGUUGUCCGUGUUUGGCAAUGUGAUGUUAUAGUAAUAGACUUUUAAUCUUUAUGUAUUUUUUUGUUUUCCUUUGGAGUACUUGGACAAAUGUUAUAGUGGUUUCUUUUAGGAAAAUCUGUCAUUUAAAAAAAUUAUAGCCUUGAAAAUAACUA